AUGUCCGACAUGUUCACCCCCGAUUAUGACACCUACAAGGGCAAGUCCAUUGUCGAGAUGAUCGAUGUCCUCAACACGGCCUUCGACACUCUCCAGCAGAACUUCCCUGAGCCCAGUGCGUACUCUCAGGUCUUGAGGAGCGACGUCGACAACCUCUGUAAGAUGUUCCGCCAGUGGGCAGACGAUCCGGAGCUUGUUGUCAAAGCCGGAGUUUCUAAGGACAUUGCGAAUCAGAUGAGGAAGCUUCUGUACGCGAUCGGUACCCUCCUCGAUGCCGUCGACAAUGUUCAUACCCGUCGUUGUCUCGUUGACCUAAGUGUGGAGAUGGCCGCAGACGGAUAUCUGAAUGAGGUCGAUUCUCAUCUGCGUAGCCUUCAGGACAAGUCCGCGGCUGCCAAGAAGGAGAUGGAGAAGAAGAAGAAGAAAGAGUCUAAGUGA